UCAAAUUUCAAAACAAUUUUCUAACCUCAAAAGCCCAAAAAGAUUCAUGUAGACCCCGUAGAGAUCUUUAAAUAUCCCAUCCCAUCCCAGAGACUGUCUCUGCCCAAUCCCCAUUUCUCUUCCCUUAAAAUAAUUGUACUUCCAUUAAAACUCCCGUAUUGAAUGUCUCCUUUUCAAGUUUCAUUAAUUGAAGGAAGUGUAUUCAACCCCAACAACAAAACAUUCUAGAAACCGACACUUUUAUUUUAGCAAUUUAAAAAAAACCAUUGUAGCUACCUUAAGAAACAACUGAACGUUUACUUCCUGAUUAUGUCAUUGACAAACCUGUCUUUCAAUUUUUGGCAAUGAAUUAACAAAAUUUUCAGUUCUCAUAACAAAAUUAUUGAUGAUAUAGAACUCACAAUCAUAAAUUAAGAAUCAUGGGUGAUCAUAACUACUUCACUGCUCUAUCACAUGCAGUUCUAGCUGGGACAAGUAUAUACUGUCUUUUAAAACACACCUCAGAUAUGGGAAUCGUUUGCUAUGGGUUGAUAGCAACAAAUUCACUAUUAGGCUUGUGGAGAUGGGGAAAUCCGGAGGCUGGAGAUACAGCCAAAUCUAUAUAUGCUAAAACGUCGAUGUGCCAAGAAAUGUUAUGCAUUGGGGCAGUUGGGGUUGAGAUUUGGAGAAGCAGUCCAUAUUUCCCCCAAUUUUGCUGGGGUGAAUUAUUAUUACCAAUCAUCCCACUAACACUCUUUUUCUUGGAGAAAGAUUAUAAUAACAUAGAAAAAGGUGUAAUGGCUUUUAAUGGUGUAUCUAUAAUAUUUGUAUCUGCUAUGACAAGUAAUUACUGGGGUGCAGCUGCAGCAGUGUCUUACCUAUUUGGAUAUUUAUAUGCUAAAGAUCAGGGAUCUAUUAGAGAUAUUCCUGUCACAGAUCUGAUAAAUUACGAGCUAUGUUUCUUUUCUUACUUCGCUUUGAGAGCCGUUGGUGGAUAUUAAUAAUAUAUUAAAUAAUUGACUAUACUUUAAGGGUAACAUAUCGAAUGUUGUAACUCCAAUACGCAUAUAUUUUUGAGAAAUAAUUUACAUUAAAUUAUUGCUGCCAU